AUCCAGAACACCACAGGAUUUCACAGCGGUACUAUUUUUGAAGUUCUACCUUUCGGCCGGUAGAUGGAGACAAACACCAACCGCCUGGGCCAGAAGGUCUCCGUCAUACAUGAGCAAAAAUAACGGUACAAAAUAACCUCCGCUGUUUUCGAAGAAACCACGGAAACCUCUUCACGCGGGGGAGACCGGGGACCCGUCCGCACCGCUUCAGUCAACAUUACUUGUGUUUCAUCGUGGCUGCGGAGCGGCGCUCGUGACGGCGACUUGUUGCGAGGACGGAGGCGCGGCGGCGCGCGGCGCAGACGCUGCUGGAUGCUGAGGAGCGUCUGUAUCACCAACCAUCCUGCCUCCCACAGCAGCCACACGAGUCAACAUGGCCGCGGAGCAGCUCGACCUGCUCAUCCUCUGAGCAGCAGAGCAAAACAAAGGGAAACACGCGGCUCGUUUUAUACACGCUCAGAAGGACGUUUUCAUUUCCAGACAUGGGCGGAAACGAGACGGAGAAAGUUUUCUGCUGCAUAUCCACAGCAUAAAUGGCGUUCAUGUCCCGCUUCUCUCGGUCUCGGAGCAGCUCCAGGUCUCCGAGCCGAAAGGAGUCAGAGCGGGACUCCCCGACUCUCACGGUGUCCGAGCUGGAGAGGCUGCUGUACACGGGCAAGACGGCCUGCAACCACGCGGACGAAGUGUGGCCCCGGCUCUACAUCGGAGACCAAAACAUUGCCUCGGACCGCCGUGAGCUGGCCAGACUCGGUAUCACACACAUUCUGAACUGCGCGCAGAGCAAGUGGCGAGGCGGAGCCGAGUAUUACGCGGGAAUGAACAUCACCUACCACGGGAUCGAAGCUCACGACUCCCCGACCUUUGACAUGAGCGUCAACUUCUAUCCGGCCGCCGAGUUUAUCCACAAAGCUCUCUCAAGUGGAGGUAAGGUGCUGGUCCACUGCACGGUGGGAGUAAGUCGCUCAGCCACUCUGGUGCUGGCCUACCUGAUGAUCAGACAGAACCUGACGCUGGUGGAGGCCAUCAGAACAGUCAAGGACCACCGAGGCGUCACCCCCAACCGAGGUUUCCUCCGCCAGCUCAAUGGACUGGACGGCAUCCUGAGAGAGAGCCGGAAGACGUCGCCGCAGAGCUGAAAACCCUCCCUCACACACACGCACACACACACAAGCCAAGGUAGCAGCCAUACACACGAAACAGAGACAAAUUCAGAGCAACACGUGACGUCCCGACGCUGGAGGCGCUGAGUGGCUAAAGGUGACUGAAUGUCACUUUCCUGAACUACCGGUAAUUUUCAUUUCUUUUUAUCUGUUCAGUCCUUUCACAUGAACAAGGACCCAUCAAGGUCACACCCUCCAGUGAAGGUCCAAGUUUCAUCAGAUUGAUUAGUGGAGGCAAUGACAGCCUCACACUGUCCUUUAAAGCAUUCACGCAUUCAUUUAACAGGUCAUAUUUUUACUGAAGGAAAAAUCAGGGAAACCCUCAGGGAAACAGCAGAGGGUGCCACUUUCAGGUCAUGUGACUGGAGAAUGCAACAACUGGUGCGUUUCCGUCCCUCAGACCAAUUUGGGAUUUAGGCGUAUUGACAUUUCAAAGAUAAAAAGUCACAGAUUUGAUGGAAAAUUGGUAAACGAGCAUUGAUAGAACGUCACUCUGUGGCAUUUAGGUCGGAGAGGUUUUAAAAGCACAACUCAAGUCCCAAAAAUAGACAAAAGUCAAACCCACACUGAAAACAAAGAAGUCGAGCCAGCAGAGUUUAUUGUUCUGUAAUUGCCUUUGUACAGGAAGUCUUGGUAAAAUCCCAGCUGGUUUCUGAAGAUACCAACAUCUACUUCCUUUUUGGUUGACCCUCGACUUUAAACUUCUCACAUUCCAGAGUACACAGGUGGCUUAUACUUACUGACUUUACCAGUUUAUUCCAGUUUACUCAAUUCUAAAUACCGACCUACUGAAUCAAUGGUUUCAUACACGUUCAUUUAUGCCACGGCUUCUGCCGCUAUGUUUUCAUCUGUUGAGAAGCAGCAGCUAAAUGCUGGGCGUGAUGCAUGCUGAAGCAAGAGGAGUGCUGCUAGGUGGUCUGCGGCGUGUUCGAAUACUCACGGCCUGCAAUCAAGUGUCAACGGGUCAACUGUUUGGCUUCUAAGGAAUUAUGGAAGAACCUUCAGGAAGUUGGAGCUGCAGAACAGAGAAGGCUUCCACACUCUUCCCAGAGGCAUUUGGGAAUGCCUCUUAGUAGAAUUCCUGUUCUGAUUCUUUAUAAUGUAAGCCUCAGGUAUGGGUGGAAGGGAUCAGAAGUCAGUCUAGAGCCCUUUGCAUCAAGAAGAGUGGAAAUGUUCUUGACUGUUUCUCCUGGCCGCAGGGUAGAUUCUGAAGGUUCUCAAGGGAUGACAUAUAUCUUCUGUCUUCCCAGCCAUGGAGAAUUUCAGAUUCUUCCAAGGCAACUGAAAAACAUAGCUGGAUGUGAGGACUUUCUGAUUUAGCCUACAUGAUCAUAGUAAGAAGUAUCCUGUGCAUUUAAGGCUGGAGAUCAAAACUAGGGAGAGUGGAAGACACAACUCCAAAUUGCACAGAUGUGCCGCAAUCUGAGCACAGGAUGCAGGUUUCUGCCAGAGAAAGUUCCUGGUAUCUAUGUUCAGGUAUCACCAGGUUCAGACUUGGGUCUGGUUCAGCUGCUGAGUCGUCGUAGCCACAAUUUAUGCCUUCACUUGGCGCUCUAGGACAUUUACCAUCUUUCCUGGAGACCUAAUCAGUUCAACUCAAAUGUAAGGCACAUGACAACAUGUUUGAGCAACGCCACCUUGCUCCACCAUGCAUCACUUCAACAAAAACGGGUUUGGAAGCAGUGCACUGCACCCGCUGCUUAACCCCUGAACUGUCAUGACGGCACCAGUACCUUUAUGGACCCACUGACUUGCAGGUAAGCAUUUUGAGGAUGACAGUUAAGGGUUUAAGCAGCUUUAUUCUGUUACAUAGAGUAACAUUACAAUGUUUUAUGACCUUAAAAGAAGCAGAACACACCAUUCUGAUUUGAUCUGUUGCUCUCCUUGCACUAUGUUCCAGAACCAUGUGAAGGCAAAGUUCCAGCUUUACAUUCUUCUGCCCACAUUGACAGGAAAAGUGACGUUCUGUUGAUACCGAUCUCCAAUGAUACAACCAGGCGGCUCUAAACCUAUACACUCAAUUUAUAGGCAUUGUUUUUUACUACUCAGAUGAUUCCGUUUAAUAAGUGCCCUGGCCUGAGCUAUUGAGUCGUGCAGCAGUUGUAAUAUGGAUCUAAACCAGCAAUGCUUUGUAGCCGUUAGGUGUUCAAAAUAACGACAUAGAUUUUCCUCGGUGUAAAUAGACUUUAGGUUUUGGUUUACUGCAGAAUACUUUAACAGGCACGGCCUUUCAUGUAUGUCCUUUAGCGUUAGCAUUGCGCCGAAUUAAAAACUGUCCAGUCUAGUGUGUGUUUAAGUGUUGUACUGACUGGAAGGUCGCUUGGAUUGCGUCACAAAAUAAUACCAGACAUGUGCCACUGCAAAAGCUACUAACUGCCUGGCUGACAGGAAGUGUUAGGUGUUCAGAGCUCAGUCGUAACCAGGGCUCUCUGUGACUUGUGGGGCUUGUGCUUCCUAAAAACAUUCUCAGUUCAAGCUGGCUUAUUAAAAGUCCUCUUUAGUGUUGUUGUUAAAUACCUCAACUAUAGUGUUUCAUAUAUGCUUACUGGAGUUUUUCUGUGCUGUUGAAUCAGCGAGACAAAGUUUGGGUGAGAAGACAGACACUUUGUCUCAUUGCAGAAAGUGUACAUAUUGGAAAUGAACGUUUGGAUUUGUAAACUCUAGAAAACACAAUGCAAAUCUCAGCUAAUUUAGUAAUAUCACUUCAUGGAGGCUGCCUCCCCAGAGAAGCUUAUCCUGAUCUCAUUGGUCAUCUGCAGUGGCAUGGACAGACUCCGCCCACAUUUCCAUAUUGAUCUUUCCGUGUGAAAUCACAGUCUUCAGAAAGCAGCUCGCAUGGCCAUGAUGGACGUCCAAGCCACCUAUGCGCUAAUCAAACUCUUAUCCAAAAACAGACAGCUGGUCGUCUACCAUGGACCAGCCCUAACUUUUACUUUCAGGACACAUUCAUGUUUGGACAGAAGUCCAAAUGUCUUCAUGAAAAUUCAAAAUUCAAGGUUCCAUUUUGACUCUUUCUUUGAGCAGUGGGAGCUUUUGAAUUAAAAAUAUGAAGCAGCGGUUAACCCAAGACAUGGAAAUAUAUUUGAAUGUUUCUGUUGUCCAAAUUUCCGGAUUCUCGUCUCAGUGGUCCACAAUGCAAGAACAUAAUAGUCCCUGGAGACAAUAACCACAAUGCAGCUUUUGGUUGAGAUUUGUAAAGAGACUAACAGAAGAAAGCUGCAGAGAAAUCAGGAAUCUGAAAAGGAGGGAAUUUUUAAACCUUGCUAUUUUUGACCAAUAAAUGCAUUUGAAACUUGUGGAUCAAGAAUUGGUGUUUUCCUGAAACACAGGAAAUUCUUUUUGUGGCAUUAUAUUUAGUUUACAUCAAAACUCGCUAAGUUAAUAACAUGUUGUUACUGUGAUAUGUUUUUUUUUUUUUUUUACUGUCCCCGAAAUUAAAAAUAUCUGCAACAAUUAUAUAGCAAUAAAGCCUGGAUCUCGAAUGGAGCCCGAUCCUUCCAUAAGCCUUUUUAUGUUGAAAAUGUCAAGUUUCAUAUUCUUCUGAAUCAUCAGCUGCCACUGCUUUAAGGUUUAAUAUCACAUUAUGUCAAAUCACUCGCAUUAUGAAUAUGCUUCAUAAAACAUCAGGCUGUCUCAGCUUGGAAAACAAGAGAGCUGAACCUGGACAUUACACCAAGAUCUACUAAUAAGUGUUACUACGUUGCAGCUUACAGAUCAUGUCUUCAUGCCUUCACCAUGUUGUGGCCCAGUUGAUCACAGUGAGCUCCAGUGUUUGUUUUUUUUCCAACAUGUCUGAAGAUUCCCUCUAACUGGGUGACAAAAGCGUAUUAGCAGCUUCCUGGCAUCUUUUGGUUUGUCUUUACUAUGUGCUUGUUUUCUGAUGCCUUCUGCAUCAUUUGUGUUUCAGUGUUGAUGUUCGAUCUAAGCAGACAGCAUUACGAGGUUAUUUAAGUGAUAACAUGUUUGUACAGCUUCGGUUAAACUUCAUUUUGAUGUUUCUCCUGCUCAGAGGAGCAUAUAUGAUGUCCUAUUAGCAGCACUACCUGCUGAUCUGAAUAAGCUAAGCUACUAACAGAGAUGGCAGUCAAAAAAACGAUCGAGAACUCUCCUAAAAGAACACAGAGGACAUUGUUUCCAUUGUGACUUUCAGCUUUUCCUGCGAUAUGUUUUGUAUUUGUGACUUUGUUGUGAUGUGACAUGUUCUUCCCGUUUAUAUCCUUGUGGCUCCCAGCAGCAGUCCUUCCAUAGGAGGACUGGAAUUCCAGUGAAUUUAUUUUCGUAUCACUCUGUCCGAUUCCCGCGAAAGGAGAUGUUCAUGCCUUAAUCUGUGUUCUUCAACUUGGUCUUGUUAUGGUGAGAAACCACAAUUGUCAACUUUGUUUUGAUAAAUGCUGUAAUCGGUCAUAAAUAAAUAGAAAACUCCUUUGA